ACUGUAAACAAUGAAUGCCACAGACUGUGAGAAGAUAAGCAAGAGCUUUCCACAGACUUUUCUCCCUCCUGUCUUCAUCUCAGUGUUUAUCGUCGGGCUGUUUGCAAACGGAUGGGGACUCAACUCUUUGCGGCGCAACUGGCAGAAACUGGGGGAUGUCAAUGUUUUCGUCCUCAACCUCGGGAUUGCAGAUAUCUUGUAUCUGCUCACUCUCCCCUUUCUGAUCGUGCACUACCUCAGAGGGAGUAAGUGGAUAUUCGGGGAAGUCUUCUGCAAGGUAACAAGAUUCUGCUUCAACCUGAAUUUAUACUGUAGCAUCGGCUUCCUCACAUGCAUCAGCGUCUACAGAUACCUGGCCAUCGUCCAUCCGAUGAGAGUGAUGGGGAGAUUGACUGUGUCUCACUCGGUUAUCAUCUCUAUCAUUGUUUGGGUUUUUGUGAGCGUUCAAAGCCUUCCGGAUAUGUUUUUCCCCAAAAAAGACGUAAACGGGACUUUUCAAUGCUUCGAUACGACCACUACUGAAUACGUGGAAGAGUACCUGCAGUACAGCAUCAGCUGGACCGUCAUCGGGUUCUGCAUACCGACCCUCAUCACCGUGGCCUGUUAUGGACAUGUGAUCGCUCUCCUCUGCUGCAAGGAUAACAUCGACAAAGUCCUGAAACAAAGAAGCCUAACUCUGUUAAUCAUCUUGAUUCUACUCUUCUCCAUCUGCUACAUCCCCUAUCACGUGCUCAAGAACUUUAACCUCUGGUCAAGAGUUCUUUCCAAACAUAAUGUAUGCUACAAAUGGUUUAACAGCGUCUACGUAGCUCAGCGGAUAUGCCGUGGUCUCGUUUGCCUGAACAGUGCCCUCAACCCCCUGAUUUAUCUCCACGUGAACGAGGAUAUGUCUGCUUAUUUCAGGCAGCUGUGCCGGCGAACUCGCACAGCUGCAAGCCAGCUUUCCUCCAACACCCUCCUCUCGAACACAUUUAGAAAUAUAUAACUCUUUCUGACACUCGUGCAAACAUAAUGUUCCAGCUCUCUGUUUUAACGUAUGUAUUUGUCACAUCUGUAAACCCCACUUGCAAUGUUUCCACCUAAUAAUAAUUACUUUCAGAGUGAUUUAUGUGUGAGUGGUUUGUGGUGGUGCUGCUGCUGUUGCUUAUUUUAGAGAAAAACUUACUCAUGUGUCACAAAACAGGAUGCAAAAGUGUUAAAAGAGCGCCAGAUGCUGUUGCACGUCGAAGAUGUUAAACAGGAAGCUCAAGUUUGAUUUUGCAAAGAUAAUACUGCAUAUAUGCAUGGUCGUCACUGCGGUUGGCCUCACUUUAUCGUCCCGAUUUUUUCCGACUGAUUGGUUGUAACUAUGAUGGUUUCCUCCGACAAACAUUAAACAUUUAAAAACAGUCAGAUCAAGAUCACACCAAAGAGGCUAAGCCUGGUGGUAGAUGUUGCUAUGGUUACCCACCGUGUUUAAAGUCAUAGGGAAAUCAUAUUUAAAUGUCAAAUAAUUCCGGCUUAAACAUGUAUAUAAAUGUACUUAUUUA